UCUUGUCUCACUCUAACAGCCAAAGCAUGGCUUCUCUCUCUUGCUCCGCCAACGACCUUGCCCCACUCAUCAACGACACCGCCGCCGCCAACUACCUCUGCGCACAAUUCGAUUCCAUUUCUAGAAAGCUCGCCGAAACAACCUACGCCGUCGACAACACCUACCUUCUGUUUUCAGCGUAUCUUGUCUUCGCCAUGCAGCUCGGCUUCGCCAUGCUCUGCGCCGGCUCCGUCAGAGCCAAAAACACCAUGAACAUCAUGCUCACCAACGUCCUCGACGCCGCCGCCGGCGGUCUCUCCUACUACCUAUUCGGCUUUGCAUUCGCCUUCGGCGGCCGCUCCAACGGCUUCAUCGGCCGCCAAAACUUCGGCCUACGAGAUUACCCGAUGGGCUCCUCUAUCUCCAGCUUCUUCCUCCACCAGUUGGUCUUAGCCAUCGCCGACGCAGGAAUCACCAUCUCUCCCUUCGGCAGCUUCUUCCUCUACCAGUGGGCCUUCGCCAUCGCCGCCGCAGGAAUCACCAGCGGCUCCAUCGCCGAGAGAACACAGUUCGUGGCUUACCUUAUCUACUCUUCUUUCUUAACCGGUUUCGUUUACCCCAUCGUUUCGCAUUGGUUCUGGUCCUCAGACGGUUGGGCCAGCGCGACUCGUAUUGACGGAAAUGUUUUAUUCGGGUCUGGAGUCAUCGACUUCGCGGGCUCAGGCGUUGUUCACAUGGUUGGCGGGAUAGCGGGCCUGUGGGGGGCUUUAAUUGAAGGCCCGAGAAUCGGCCGGUUCGACCGUUCGGGCCGGUCGGUUGCUUUACGUGGCCACAGCGCGUCUUUAGUUGUGCUUGGUACGUUUUUGUUAUGGUUCGGCUGGUACGGCUUCAACCCUGGUUCGUUUCUGACAAUAGCCAAGGGGUAUGGAAGUGGAGGGUAUUAUGGUCAAUGGAGCGCUAUAGGGAGGACAGCUGUCACGACGACAUUGGCUGGGAGCACUGCGGCUCUGACGACGUUGUUCAGCAAGCGGUUAUUGGCUGGCCACUGGAACGUGAUUGACGUGUGUAACGGCCUGCUUGGCGGGUUCGCUGCCAUUACAUCGGGCUGUGCCGUUGUGGAACCGUGGGCCGCGAUUGUGUGUGGGUUUGUGGCGGCGUGGGUUUUGAUUGGGCUUAAUAAGCUUGCCGCGAAGGUAGAGUACGAUGAUCCGUUGGAGGCGGCGCAGCUUCACGGCGGGUGCGGAGCGUGGGGGGUUUUCUUCACGGGAUUGUUUGCGAAGAAAGAGUACGUGGAGGAGAUUUACCGUGGUGGAAGGCCGUUCGGGGCUUUGAUGGGUGGCGGAGGGAGGCUGCUGGCGGCGCAGGUGAUUCAGAUAUUGGUGGUGUGCGGGUGGGUUACGGCGACCAUGGCGCCGUUGUUCUAUGGGCUUCAUAAGAUGAAACUGUUGAGAAUUUCGAGGGAUGAUGAGACUGCGGGGAUGGAUUUGACGAGGCAUGGUGGGUUUGCUUAUGCAUACCAUGAUGAUGAAGAUGGUUCAAGCAGGGGAGUAGGGUUCAUGCUGCGUAGAAUUGAGCCUGCAGCUAUUACCACUCCCUCUCCCCCCGCUGCACCACAAGUUUAAUCAAAAUGUGGUUUAUGAUUUUCAAGCGUUUUUUAGUUUCGUACCUGCACAUAGCUCUGGGCAAAGCUAGCCUAGUCAAAACCAUAUACAAGGGAUGCAUAUAUGAAGUAUAAAAAUUAAUGCGUGGGGGUCAACAUUUAGGAAAUGUCUUCUAGAGUUACUGUACAUUUUAAAAUGUUUGUUGGCUUGGUUUAUUAUUUUCAUCUUUGAAUUCCAAGACUAGUUUGGUCGACUGUUAUCACGUUAGUUUGUAUCCUGCUGCAGAAUAACUUGCUUGUAAUUGUAUACUGAUUAGUUGAUAUAUAGUGAUAUAUUAUAUAUACUAAAUGCAUUAAUGCAGGUUAUGAU